AUGAUUCAAAAGGUGGUGUGCAAGCUCUUCAAGAGUGUUAUCUUUCCCAGGUUUGGGAUCCCAAGAGUGGUGAUCAGUGAUGGAGGUAGCCACUUCAUUAACAAGACCUUGGAAAGGCUGUUGAGGAAACAUGGAGUCAAGCACAAGGUAGCAAGUCCUUACCACCUUCAGACUAGUGGUCAAGUGGAAGUAUCCAAUAGACAAAUCAAGGCCAUUUUGGAGAGAACAGUGGGCAACUCAAGGAAGGAUUGGAGCAAGAAGUUAGAUGAUGCUCUUUGGGCCUAUAGGACUGCUUUCAAGACACCUAUUGGCACAUCUCCCUUCAACCUUCCCUAUGGAAAGAGCUGCCACUUACCAGUGGAGCUUGAGUACAAGGCUCUUUGGGCUGUUAAGAUGUUGAACUUUGACAUUAAGACAGCCCAAGAGAAGAGGCUUCUUCAGAUACAUGAGCUGGACGAGAUAAGACUCAAUGCUUUUGAGAGUGCAAGGAUUUACAAAGAGAAGACCAAGAUCUUGCAUGAUCAGAAGAUUCUUAAAAGAGAGUUCAAGGAAGGAGACCUUGUUCUCUUGUUUAACUCCAGGCUCAAGCUCUUCCAUGGCAAGUUAAGAUCAAGAUAG